CAUUGCAAUACAUUGAAAGCAAUAGCUUUCUGAGACUAUUACUAUAGUCUCAGAAAGCAAAAGUUCAGUAGAUAUUGUGACUCCACCAUUUGCCUAUAGCUACAGAAAGUGGACUCUAAUUUUUGCGCAGAAAGUAGACAUUUUAACAGGACCAUUUUGCCUGGAAAACUACUGACUGAGUGUAGAGAAGAUGGCUUCUUCUUCACUGGAGGAAGAACUGUGCUGUCCGGUGUGCACUGAUAUCUACACGGACCCAGUCAUAUUGAGCUGCUCUCACUCCUUCUGCAAGUCCUGUGUUCAGCGGUCCUGGGCCAGCCAAGGCUCCAGGGUGUGCCCCAUCUGCCGGAGGACGAAUCCUCAAGAGGAGCCUCCAGUCAACCGGGUGCUGAGGAACCUGUGUGAGCGCUUUAUGCAGGAGAGGAGCCAGAGAGGAGCUCUCUGCAGUCUCCACGGAGAUAAGCUCAGGCUGUUCUGUCAUGAGGACAAGGUGCUCGUGUGUUUCACGUGUCGAGACUCGAGGCUGCACAAGGGCCACAACUUUAGUCCCGUGGACGAGGUUGCAGCGGAUCGCAAGGAAGAGUUGAAGGUGAAACUAGACCCUCUGAAUAAGAAGCUGGAGGCUUUUAAGAAAGAAAAACGUUCCUGUGAUGAAACAGCCAAACACAUCAAGACUCAAGUCCAGCACACAGAAAAGCAGAUCAAGAAGGAGUUUGAGGAGCUUCACCAGUUCCUUCGAGAUGAAGAGGCAGCCAGGAUAGCUGCACUGAGGAAGGAAGAGGAGCAGAAGAGUCGGAUGAUGAAGGAUAAGAUUGACAAGAUGAGCAGAGAGAUCACAUCUCUUUCUGGCACAAUCAGAGUAAUACAAAAGGAAAUUAAAGCUGAUGACAUCACAUUCCUGCAGAACUACAAGCGCACGGUGGAACAGACAUGGCUGCAGGGUCCAAACAGUCAAAUAGGAGCUCUUAUUGAUGUUGCAAAGCACUUGGGAAACCUGAAGUUCAGAGUCUGGGAGAAGAUGAAAACAAUUGUACAUUACACUCCUGUCAUUCUGGAUCCCAACACUGCACAUCCAGGACUCAACCUCUCUGAGAAUCUGACUAGUAUCAGGUUGGGCAAUGACAUACAGCAGCUUCCUGAUAACCUUGAAAGAUUUGAUUAUGCCAAUUGUUUGCUAGGUUCUGAGGGCUUUAACUCAGGGAAACACAGCUGGGAUGUGGAAGUUGCAUGGGGAGGGAACAUUCUGGAAUGUAGGUGUGAUGCUUGAGUCCCUCCCCAGGAAAGGAGAGGCUAACUCACUCAUUGGAGACUGGAGUGUGACUUAUAUGGAUGGG